ACCCAGUACAGUUAUCUCUAAUGGCUCCUCUGUCAAAAGACAAGAAGCUGCAGCAGAGUAUGAAGCCACAAAGGCUGUGCUUAAGAUAAUGGCUGAACAAGAGAGAAUUAGAGAAAAAAUGCAAACCAUAGAAGAAGAAGACAAACUCAGAACUGCAGAACAAGAAGCUGCUGCGAUGUCACAACGCCAUCAAGAGGAAAGAGAGGAAACAGAACGCAAGUUAAAAAGAGAAAAGGAGAAGGCGGCUGUGAUAAAGAGACAACAAGAAGAAAGUGCUGCAAGGAAAAGAUCAGUUGAGGACUUAAAAAGAGAAAUUGAAAGACUGGAAAAUCUGAAAGGAUUCAAUGCAGCAAAGGCAAAAUUACAAGUUUAUGAAGAAGACUACUUUUUAGUAAAGCAAGAAAGAAUCACUCCGAAUCCUGCAAACAUACAGUGGUCACUUCUCCAAGAACUGCAGCAAUCGGAUGACAUGCAACACAUGCUCAAAACAACAUCCCACAUGUCUGCACGAAGAAAGACAAAGACACGAGACAAAGAAAGAACAACCUAAAGAACAAGAAGUAGCUGAAGGGAAGGAA